AUGUCACUUGCCAUUGUGGUAAUCAACAAUUUAAUACUUUUUAUUGAUAACAUCACGAUUCGAUUAGUUUUGCCUUCAAAAGCUCUCACAAACACAAUCAACUUGAGUAUUGAAGCAAAUACCCUUAAGACACAAAGCAUCUUGGAAAUCAAAUAUUUAGAAAAACCAAAUCAUCCUGAAAAUGUUUAG